AAAAAUGAAGGUUCUAAAAUAAUAUAUGAAAACAUGACUUGCAUUGUAUUGGGUAAACGGAGAGGAUCGGAGGGCACAUGGACCCCGGGAGAACCUGCACCAGAUCAUAUCAUUAUGAAGCCAGAAACAAUUAAGAUUAAGACUUAUUGUGCGAGAGAGCAACUAAUUAAAAACACGACUUGCGUUUGGUAAACGGAGAGGAAGGACGACUUGGCACUUGUUUUAAGAGUGCAUCGAGAUCGGAGUUGCGAGCAGAACCGACCAGAAACACCGCAUCCUCAUCCAACUUGAAAGUUGAAACCACAAAGCACUGGUAGAUGGCAAGCAUCAAUGAAGAAGAAGCUCCUAGUUCUCCAAAUGCUCCGACAGUAGCCAUGGACGCCAAGCUGAUGGUGGCCGCAGACCGUGGCGAUGUCAAGAAGUUGAAGGGUCUGCUGAACAAGGAGGAUGCCAUGGCGAUGGUUGUGGUGACGGCGGCGACGAGCAAGAAGCCUUCCAAGGAGGACCAGUUCCCUGCUGGCCGCAUCAAUCCCCUCCUGCUGGCAUCUGCGUGCGUUGGCUCCUGGAAAGCACUGAACUUCCUUCUCGAGAGGGAAGACGCAAAGAAGGCACCAAUGGUGGCUCCUACUCAAGAAUUCCUUGAGUUGCUAGCAGGAGGCAGCGGCACCAAGGGAAGAAUUGCGGUGUCAGCUGCUGGUGAUGUAGAAGAGGGCGUUGACCACGAGCCUGCUCCGCCUGCAGCAGGAGCACUUCUCAAGGGCGUCACUCCAGAUGGGGACACAGCACUACAUGCAGUUGCCAGCAAUGGAGACAACGGCGAUGAUUUCUUGAAGUGUGCUGGCAUCAUCUGUGAUCGGGACAGGGACCUCCUGUUUGCGAAGAAUCACAUGGGCGACACACCCUUGCAUUGUGCUGUCCGUUCUGGGAGCUCCAAAAUGGUUUCUCGUCUCAUUGCUCUAGCUGAACAUGAGGGUGCCGAAGGGAAGCUCAAGCUCUUGAGAAUGGAGAACGAGCGUCACGAGACGGCACUGCAUGAGGCUGUCCGGAUUGAAGAUGGUAGAAUUCUGGAUGAUCAGGAGACACUUUAUGCUGUCCUAACUGAUGAAGACAUUAGAAGCCCGGGUCAUAAGGGUGAUGCUGACGGCGGCGGUGCACCAGAAGAGAAGAAUAUGGUCAGGCUGCUUAUGGGUUCUGAUCCCGAAUUGGCUAAUUAUCCUGCCAAAGGCAUUUCGCCUUUGUGCCUAGCCAUCUUGCUGGAGAAGGAUACCAUUGCAGUCACCCUUUAUAAAAAGAGUGGCGGCAAUCUCUCCUACUCUGGACCAGAUGGACAAAAUGCACUGCAUGUUGCGGUUCUCGGAGCUACUAGUACAAACACAGGUACCAACUAGAUGUGUCAAUUCUGUUAUAUAUACAUACUGCUUGCAUACCAUUUUUGCUUGUCAUAGGGCCAAUACAAUACAAAUAAUGGUUUAGAAUCAACAUGAUUAAACAGUAAUUCUGCCUUAGAGUUCAUUUAUCUGAAAAAGAACUAUCAUGGUCGUGUUUUCUUUUUCCACAGAUCAAAAAGAUGAUCUUGAGUCGUUGCACUUUAACAUUAUGUUUUGGGAUUUUUAAUUUACAUACAUCCCCAUUUUAUACCUUUUUUUCUCUGUGACACUUACCUAUGUCUUUUUUCACAUGUUUUGACCAAUGUCGUUUAUUCAUUAACACCCAGUAUGUAAGUUAAUGUCUCAUCUGUAAUCAUCUCUACAUAUCACAUUGUUGAUUUCCUCUAUAUAAGGGAGAAGUCCAUUCUUGAGCAUCCCACUCUUGUCAAAGUUCGAUUUUGGCCAUCCGAUUCAGAAACCAAAAUCCAUUGACCAACGAACGAGCAAAACUGGACAAAUUUGGUCAUCUUGCUGGUUUAGAAGGUGCUUAUUUGGAUCUUAUUUGUUCAUGUUCCUAAUGUAUUAUUGCUCAUAAUCACGCCUAUUAUUUAUUGAAUUUAUAGUUUUGUGUUACAUUAGACCUAGAGAUCAACCAAGAGGAUCUAGCGACUGUGAGUAUACAAAAGAUCUGGAAGAUGACAUGAACCUCUCCGGUGCCAUGCUCUACCACAUGCAAAACAUAUUUAGGUAUGGCAACUAGCAUGCCUUCGCUAGCCCUCCAAAUAAGAUUUAGUUAAUUUGACUCCAACAGAUUUGGUUCCCUACGUGGAGUAUGGAUCCUUUUAGUUGAUCUUCAGGUCUAAUAUAGUGUGAAAUUAUAAUUCAAAUAAAUAAAAGGGUGUGACUA